AUGGCGUCGCAAUUAACCGACCAAAAGCCAAAGACCGGCAUAAGAGUACUCAUCGUAGGCGGAGGCUUCGGCGGCCUCGCCCUCGCCAUAGAAUGCCACCGUCAAGGCCACACACCCAUAAUCUACGAAGCACACCCGCAGCACAAAAACCUAGGUGACACCCUAAUGUUUGGCCCCAACGGCGGCCGAAUAAUCCACCGCUGGUCCAACGGCGCCGUCGCAGCCGCCAUGUCCCGCAUCUCACUCAACGUGCGUGACACGGGCUUCAACGUGCGCAAAUACGACACGGGCGAGAUCAUCGUAAACCAAAAGUCAAACUACAGGCCCGACAGCCCCAUGUUCAACGGCCAUCGCGGCGAGCUGCAUGAGAUUUUACUCGGGUAUGUGAAGGAGCUUGGAGUGGAGAUUCAUUUGGGGCAGAGGGUGGAGACGUUUUGGGAGGAGGCGGGGAGCGCGGGCGUGGUAUUGGGGGAUGGGAGUAGACACGAGGGUGAUGUUGUUGUGGCGUGUGAUGGGGUGAGGAGUAAAGCGAGGAAAUAUGUGCUGGGGUAUGAGCAUCCGUUGAAGAGUAGUGGGUUUUCGACGUAUAGGACGUGGUUUGAUGCAGAUGAGAUGAUGAAGGAUCCUGAGACGAGGCCGUUUGUUGAGAAUGGGGAUACGUCGAAUGGGUGGAUUGGACCGAAUUCGCAUUUUCUAUUUUGGACGCUCAAGGGUGGCAAGGCUUGUUGCUGGGUUAUGACACAUCGGACGGAUGGCAGUACUGCUGAGCCGUCGUCGACACCUGGAUAUAUGAAAGAUGUCAAAGAGCAUGUGCAGGGCUGGGACCCGUUGGUGUGGAAGAUUGUGUCAAAGACGCCAGAAGAAAAGCUUUCAGAUUGGAAGCUGUUGUACUGCGAUCCGCUACCUAGCUGGGUUAGUGGGAAACACGGUCGGGUUUGCUUGCUUGGUGAUUCUGCACAUCCUUUCCUGCCUACUAGCGCCCAAGGUGCGUCGCAGGCGAUGGAAGACGCCGUCACUCUUGCGGUGGUACUGCGACAAGCUGGUAAAGGUAACGUGCGCGCAGCUCUUCGCGCAUAUCAGGAUAUCCGCUAUGAUCGUGUUAAAGCGGUGCAAAAGACGGGAGAGGAUAAGCGCGAUGCAUGGCACGAAGCUGAUUGGGACGAAGUGAGAAAGGAUCCGACAAAAGUUACUUGGAGGUAUGCGGGCUGGAUCCUGAGCCAUGAUGCAGAGAAGCAUGCAGAGGAGGUUGGUUAUGACGCUAUCAAGAAAGCCUCUCUUGUCCGGGCAAACCUUUAG